UUUACGUUCGUCAACAAUCCCAUGUCUUGGUACAAAGCUGAGGAGCAUUGCAACGGUCUGGGUGGUCAUCUGGCUUCAGCCACAAGCCCAAGAGAGUACAGUUUCCUCCAGCAGAUGACUCAAACGGCUGGUCAGAGCAUUGCAUGGCUGGGAGGCUUCAACCUGCAGGGUCAGUGGAUGUGGAUCGACCGUGAGGGCUUUUACUACACCAACUGGUACUCCCAGUCAUCUACCAGCAGCAACUCCUGUCUCUACUUACACUCUGCCUGUGGUUGGCGCAACACCCCGUGUAGUAGUGCUUAUCGCUUCAUUUGCUCCAAGAACGCAUUCGGCUGUUAA